GAGGCGGUUGAGGCCAGGAGCACAAUGGAAGGCGCAUCGCUGAGACUCAUUCCCCAUCAUCCAUCGGCAUCAACAAAGCAUCCUCAUCCUCAUCUUCAUCCACUUCAGUCACUACUGUCAAUCUGCCACAAACAGCAUCAGUAGUUCCAGCGACAUCUCAACAAUUUCACGCCAAUUAGCCGUACUCAUCUUUCCCCCGGAAACACACAUAUUCUUACAACGUACUAGUAGUGCCAAUGUCUACGUCGGGAGAUAUCAAGGUCUUGAUUGUUGGAGCAGGUACCGCUGGUCUCAUGCUCGCCCUAUUACUUGAGCUCUGUGGCGUCGACUAUCUCCUCCUCGAGAAAAAGCCCGCGUUUCGGCCGCCUUCGCGAGCCUGCGUCCUCAGCGCCGUCAGCCUUCCCUUGGUGGAGCAGAUCGGACUUUUGCGUGAAAUUGAGGACAUUUCCUUAUCAGCUCGCAAGUUCAGGAUCAAACGACAGGACAACGUGGACGGCUUGGUUGGUGAACUGGACGCGUCAUUUGCUGAACAGAGAUACGGAUAUCCAAUACUAGUUAUGCCUCGUCCCGCGCUCUACAACGUGCUCCUCAGCAGAAUACCUAAGAACAAAAUUCUACUCGGGAAACGAAUUCUCUCGAUGUCCCAGAGCGACCACGGGGUACUCGUGCGCUGUGCGGACGGCUCUACGUUCUCAGGAGAUGUUCUCGUAGGCGCAGAUGGCGCAAACAGUUCCGUCAGGCAAAACCUCUAUCGACAGCUAUAUGCGGUGGGCACAACGCCUUCGACGACCUUACCAUUGCCCAUGAGUGUUCCUGGACACGUUUCGGAGGAGGAAAACAGGCCGGAGUGCGCCUGGAGUUUGAUGGGCAUAACCAAUCCGAUGGACAGGAAUUUAUAUGUGGAGCUAAAUCAGCCAUAUUCAGACUUUGUGAUAAUGAUGACCCAAAAGAACAAGGAGUCCAUUUGGUUUAUGCCUACCGCCAACCGGAGGCUACUGUGGUCUAUCACCACCCCGAUCGAAAAGAGUGGCAAGGCGUUGUGCGAUGAUGGGUUCAAGGCGAGCGAGUUUGGCCCAGAAGCGAUCGCAGAGAUGUGCGCAAAGUAUCAACACCUUGAUUGUCCUUAUGGAGGUACUAUGAAGGAUAUCUUUGACAAGAGUCCGCCGCAUCUCAUGUCCAAGGCUUUGGUUCAAGAAAAAGUUUGCGAUAGGUGGCACGGCGGAAGGACGGUGCUUUUGGGGAAUGCCUGCCACAAGUUUCCACCGUCGGCUGGGAUGAGUGACAACAUCAACAUAGUGGACACCCUCGCUCUCGCAAACCGACUGCACGAGCUUCGGUCGAAUAGUCCGCAGGAAGUUCGAGCUGCCUUUGAGUUGUAUCAGAAGGAAAGAGAACCAAGCGCGCGGCGGGCUCUUCAGUUGUCGAAGCAGCUCCAUUCAUUUUUCACUGAGCAGGGACUCAUGGCAGGUUUAUCUAGAAAGGUUAAUCUCAGUCGAUCGUUGUUCGGAGGAUGGGACAAGACAAACGAUUUAAUACACAAAGAUCGACCGCAGGCCAUCUUUUUGCCGAUGGUUCCUCAACGGGGUGAGUUCUUACGACAGGAUCCCAAGCCAUCCUCGAUCCCCCGUCGCAGCCUACAAAAGGCGCAUCCAGGUGAUGUAUGAUCAAUGGCUCUAUAGAAAACAAGAAUAAACAGAAUUUGUAGGAUGUGAGUAUUUAGUAAGCUGACACGAGAACAAUAAUAUCAGUGCAGCUAUAAGAAUAGAUUCGAGGGUGCGCAUGUCCAACAUGUGCUUUCUCCACGCGACCUGAACAAAAACAACUAACCAACCAGAACAGAUAGGUGCCAUUGAUAAACAAACAUAG